CGCACACCACCACCAUUCGCUGGAGCUAGUCCAGCACGCAUUCACAGAGGACAAACGUCACGGUAUAUGCUGGUCCACUCCGCCCAACUACUCGCAUCUGUAGACAACAGGCUCCGUCGCUCGCAACGCUACCCACCGGGACGAAUCGAACGAGACCGAACCGACUGACUUGCAGAGUGAGUCGCGGCAACCCCGCAACUGCAAACGAGCAGGACAGGGCACGAGGCAGCCAUGUUCAGCGGCUCGCGCAAGCCAUACUCGGCCAUCACUGUACAAGUCGAUCGCCUUACAAGCGAGCAAUAUGAAGAAGACGAUGUCAGCGGUAUCGUGGAGCUUAUUGAGGUGAUUCGCAUUCAAUCUGCCGGGCCCACUGAAGCCGCGAGGGCAUUACGCAAGAAGCUCAAAUACGGCAAUCCUCAUCGUCAGAUUAGAGCCCUUGUCAUCCUCGACGGGCUUAUACAAAAUGCAGGUGGAAGGUUCCAGCGCGCUUUCGCUGACGAGCCACUACUCGAACGACUUCGAUUAAUGGCACGCGAUGAGACUGUCGAUCCUCAUGUUCGCCAAAAAUGCAAAGUGCUCUUCUCGCAAUGGGCGAAUGCUUACAAGAACACAUCUGGCCUUGAACGGAUCGCUACUCUCUACAAAGAGCUUCCAAAGACUCAGCGCCCAGCCGCAGCACGUCAGAAAGUGUUGAACGAUUCACAGCCUGCUGAGUCUCCGUUCGAUGAGCCAGAGUCGCGUUCUCGCUCCAACUCGUAUCAGAAGCCGCCGCAAGCCACUCCAUCUCGACCAGUGACUCUCACGCCAACAUCAUCGAGUCUAUCCUCCAAGCUCUUCAAAGAGAAGAAGGGAGGUUCGCACAAGCCGUUCAACCUCGGCAAAGAGAAGGAGGGCAUGACUAAUGCCAUUGCCCAGUCUUCAAUCGCGUCAACCAAUUUGUUGAAUGGGCUACAAUUGAUCAACCGCGAAAACGAGCGCAUCUCCGAGAAUGCCGAGGUCGUCAAACGCUUCCAGACCUGCAAAGCACUCAGGCGUAAGAUCUUAUACUACAUCCAGCACGUCGAAUCCGACGAAUGGAUCGGCAGUCUCGUCAAUGCCAACGAUGAGCUUGUCAAGGCUCUGACGGCAUACGAAAUCAUGGAUCGCAGUAUCGAUGAUGACAGUGACAGCGAUGCGUGGGAAGCUGUGGGCGGCUCGGCUGGCACGAGUACGCAGCAGCAAUUGGCAGGACUCUCGUUAUCUGAGCAGGCUCCGGCGAAGCCACCGAGACCACCAGCAAAUAUUCCCAUGCCACCACUAGUACCGGCAAGCGGUUCUAAGUCCUCAGCAGCGUCUAAUCUCGAGGACGAGAGCGAAGAUGAUGACAAUCCGUUUGGUGACUCGAAUGCUGUGCAUACACCCUUCCAGGAGCCCUCAGGGAUGACAUGGAGGGAAGUCUGAGUAUUUCACUGGCUGCUUGCGAGUAGAGGCGUUUGGAAUAGUAGUGCGUUGGAGCCAGCCAAACUUCUCAUGAAUUUUCCAUGAUUCUCAUUUUCUCGUGCCACACCAUGAGCCCAUCAUUAGCCCUAGGGCAAAUAAAAAAAAUUCAAAUUGAACGUACUAGGUAGCAUCACCUCCCAA